AUGAACGGAAUAAACGGCAUUAAGGAGGAUUGUUUGGGAACUUCAGAAUUGCCCACGAGCCGCGCUUCUGGAGUGAUCAUGAUGAAUGGCGGCGGAAUCGAGUCGCGCGAUGGGGGGACUCGCGCCGCAGCGCAAACGCCGCCAGCGCCGGGGGAGGCGUCAGCAUUUGCUGCAGCGGCAAUUGCGGCGGCGAAGACCGUACAGAGACGCGCGCUGGAGUGCGCAAUCGACGCCGUCGAUGCGCUCACCGCCUGGUGCGGCGCAGCGAGCGGCGGAGGAAUCGGCGGAGGCGGAGCGGCUGGGGGAAGCGCGGCAGGGACAAUGGGCGGAGCGCUGAUGCGGCGGGGAGGCGGCGCGGGGGGCGGGGGCGCAAGCGGGCUGUGGGGAGGCGGAGACCCGCUGAAGGGGAGUCGCAAGAUGUGGGUGGCGGGGCUGAUGGUGGUUGCGCUCAUCAGCCUCCUGGUGCGACUGGGGGGAGGGGGAGGGGGAGGGCGGGGGGGGCCGGGAAAGGGUGGGACGAGUGGGGGAGGGUUGGGGAGGGUCAUUGGGGAGAGGGGUCGGAUGGUCGGGCAGCGUGAGUGGAAAUGGCGGGGAAAACGGGUCCUCACCUGCCUCUACCGCAUUGGACCUGUUCCCUCCCCUCGGUACCACCAGAACACGUCACACAUGCGGGACUUUAAAAAGGAUGACGUGGCGCCCUUCGUUACAAGGUAA